UUUAAACCGAUCCUCUUGAAUCCCUCGUCAUCAUGUCUGACAUCACCGAGACCAAGCCCGACCCCGCCAUCUCUGCCUCCGAGACCAAGCCUGAGGAGACCACCCCCGCCACCGCCGAGGGUGAGCAGUCUACCACUGAGGCCGUUGCCGAGACUGCGACUGAGACCGCUGAGAAGGCUGUUGACACCGCCAAGGAUGCCGCCGUGAAGACCUCUGACAGCAUGUUCUCCAUGUUUGGUGGCGGUCCCAAGAAGGAGAAGAAGGAGGAGGCCGAGGAGCCUACUGAUGAGCCCUCCGGUUCUUCCAAGGCCCAGAAGGCCACUGAUGAGGAUGAAGUCGAGGAGUCCGCCGAUGUCCACUUCGAGCCCGUCAUUCACCUGACCGAGAAGGUUGAGACCAAGACCAACGAGGAGCUUGAGGAACAGUCCUUCAAGAUGCGCGCCAAGCUCUUCAAGUUCGACCGCGAGUCUAAGGAGUGGAAGGAGCGUGGUACCGGUGAUGUCCGCCUGUUGAAGCACAAGGAGAACCAGAAGACCCGCCUCGUCAUGCGCCGCGAUAAGACCCUCAAGGUCUGCGCCAACCACUACAUCGUCCCCGACAUGAAGCUGAGCGCCAACGUCGGCAGUGACCGCAGCUGGGUCUGGAACGCCGCCGCCGAUGUCUCCGAGGGUGAGCCCGAGGCUCAGACCCUGGCUAUCCGUUUCGCCAACAGCGAGAACGCCAACGCCUUCAAGGAUGCUUUCGAGACCGCCCAGGUUGAGAACGAGAAGCUUUUCAACGCUGAGGAGUAAACAACCC